GUUAAGGCAACGACGUUUCUGUGAAUUGGCUUCUGGCGUAUUUCUGUGGACUGCCGUCGAAGGCGUCUCGGAGGAAGCAACUGUUUUUGUUUUUUUUAAAAUAAUCCUCACAAUCACUUCCGGGAUCACCGGGUAUUUCCGGAAGUUCGAAUCGGCCCCGGCGUUUCCCGCGCUUCCGUCCGCAGGAGACAACCCAGACGCCACGUGACAGAGGCAGGCAGGCAGGCAUGGCCACCCUCUUCCCCUCCCUCUUCCCCAGAGUCACGGAGGCGCUCUGGUUCAACCUGGACCGGCCCUGCGUGGACGAGAACGAGCUGCAGCAGCAGGAGCAGCAGCACCAGGCCUGGUUGCAGAGCAUCGCAGAGAAAGAUAACAACUUGGUCCCGAUUGGGAAGCCGGCUUCUGAGACUUACGACGAGGAGGAAGAGGAGGACGAUGAAGACGACGAAGACAGCGAGGAGGAUUCCGAAGACGAUGAGGACAUGCAGGACAUGGAUGAGAUGAACGACUACAACGAGUCUCCCGACGAUGGGGAGAUUAACGAG